AUGAAUUUCGGACCGCCAAUAACGAGCUCUGAGUUGAAGCACUGCGGCCGCUUCUGUUUCAAUGAGGGCGUUUGUAUGGGCUGCUACCGUGACGUCUAUGGUCUAGCCCAGUGCAUCGGCUGUGUAUGUCCCACCAACUUGUGGACCGGGGAGCGCUGUCAACUGAGGAUUGGUACCGCUGGAAGUGUAGAAGCGCCCGUUGCCUCAGUUGUGCUGGUUUGGCUGUUCGCCGUGCUGGCGCUUCUACUUGCUGGGAUCCUUAUCUUUGUCUACGCCCGUCAGAAGCGCACUGCUUUGUUCAACCUCAGAAUGUCUCAACUACAUGAGCAGUCGCUUGAUGAUCCUGAACCCAUUCCAAUGCCGAGUUCACCAUUCCCUUCGCAAACACCGGCCAGCACAUAA